UUGCAGCGGCGGUGUCAGUUGUGUAAUUACAGUUUUAAUGAGCUUUGGCAAACAGGGAUCACCUCAUUCGCAGCACCUUCGGUGAUGAGCUCGGGGUGUUUAGAGGGUGCUUACCGCUGUCAUGCGAAUUCACAGGGCUUGAAAUGUUACACCUUCCUUUGCAGCUGGGCUGCAUCUGCAACGCUGUUGUCUCCACCGUAAAAAUUGGCCCUGCAUUCUCCUACAAGUGGUCGCCCUCUUUUUCUGCACAGUUUGACCAAACAAAACGCUCUCUUUCAUAUUUACGUCUUCAUAGCAGAGUGGCACAUUCACUGUCAGCUUUGACGUGACGCCCGGAGGCCGGGUGCAGAUAAAUCAUGCAAAAUGAAGCGCUUGUGACGACUCAGAAACAGGUCAUGUGCUGGUUAAAGCUGCAAGCUCUCAGUGCAGAAACAUUCCCAAGCGUUGUAUUCAUCGCGGCCUUGUAGUAGGAGAAGGAGGAGAGUGGUGAUGAGUAGGAAAACACCAGUAAGUGCAGAUGUGGGAAACUCUGCAGGGUACUGGGGGGUGAGAGGCAGUGGGUUGGGAUGGGGCAGGGAGGGAGCUGAGCUAACCCCAGCCUGCCUUCUGGCUGGGCCAAUGGGCCAUGGUAAUUAGAUCUGGCCAAUGUGGGCCCUGGGCUCCGGCCUGGGGGCAUAUAAGGGGGGCCCGGGGCAACAGACCCCUCAUAUCACUCAGAGGUCUCCUCUCUACCCUCAUUCCUCUGCGUCCAUCUCCUGAGUCCACUCAGACUCCCCUCUCCAGCCAACAUGGACGUCUUCUCACCAUCCCAGGUCUACUACGACAGAGCGUGCGCUUCGUCCCCGGACAGCCUUGAGUUCGGCCCCGGUGUGGAGCUGGACGGCUCCGAGGAGGACGAGCAUGUGAGGGUACCCGGGGCCCCUCACCAGCCGGGACACUGCCUCCAAUGGGCCUGCAAGGCCUGCAAGCGCAAGUCCAACUUCGUGGACCGCAGACGCGCCGCCACCAUGCGCGAGCGCCGGCGGCUGAAGAAGGUCAACCACGCUUUUGAGGCUCUGAGGCGCUGCACCUCAGCCAACCCCAGCCAGCGCCUGCCCAAGGUGGAGAUCCUGCGCAACGCCAUCCAGUACAUCGAGAGCCUGCAGGAGCUGCUACGAGAGCAGGUGGAAAACUACUACGGCCUUCCUGGGGAGAGCAGCUCGGAGCCCGGGAGCCCGCUGUCCAGCUGCUCUGACGGCAUGGCUGACAGCAACAGUCCGGUGUGGCAACAUCUGAAUGCAAACUACAGCGGCGGAUAUUCAUAUGCGAAGAACGAGAGUUUAGGCGAUAAGGCGCCCGGAGCCUCCAGCCUGGAGUGUCUCUCCAGCAUCGUGGACCGCCUCUCCUCGGUGGACACCAGCUGCGGCGGGCCGGCAGCUCUGAGAGACAUGGCCACCUUCUCCCCCAGCAGCUCCGACUCGCAGCCCUGCACGCCGGAGAGCCCCGGGUCCAGGCCCGUCUACCACGUCCUGUGAGGGGGGACUUUGACGUGGAUAUAUUGCCACAGGCCUGCUUUUACCGAACGCCAGCUGCAUUUGCAACAAGAGAUAAGAACUAGACUCAGCUGCAUGCGAGGACCUGCGGCGAACAGCUUUAAUAUUGUACAUGAGAAUGUAAAUAUGUAAUGUAAAUGCCCAUUUAUUCUAUACAUGCUAUUAUACCCAGUGAGACAUAUUUAAUUAUGACAGUUAAUGUAAUGUUGCAUUAUUCCAACAUGAAGUUGUAUUUAAGCUGUUUUAAUUUCUACAUGUUGUCAUGAAACAUUAAAUCCUUUACUGUUUUCUAAA